GGGGCCGCAGCGUCGUCGCGGCACGCAGCCCCAGGGCGCGUGCUCGGAGCUGCACUGGAUGGAGACGGCCCAGCAGUACUGCCAGAGCUCCUCGCUGCACGGCCUUCGCUACGUGGGGGACACCGGCAUCUCGCCCGUCGAGCGGUGCUUCUGGGUGGUGUCGUUCGUGCUGGCCGUCUUCAUGGCCAGCUACUUCAUCAACAACAUCUGGGAGCGCUGGGAGCACAGCCCCGUCAUCAACUCGGUGGCCCCGGUGGCCACGCCCAUCUUCGACAUCCCCUUCCCCGCCAUCACCAUCUGCAACAUGAACCGCGCGCGGCGCGCCGAGGCCGAGGCCAUCAAGAGCGGAUCGCCGCGCAACUCGUUCAACGCGCUGCAGCGGCGUCUGCUCAGCGACAUCUGCGACGACACCGACUACAGCACCAACGUGGCGACCGGCGCGGACGAGGUGGACCGCAACUCGGGCAACUGGAGCGUCGUCAUGGGCUUCAUGAUCAACGUGACGCAGCCCUGCCACGAGCUGCUGCUGUCCUGCAAGUGGCGCAGCCUGCCCGUCGAGUGCGACAACCUGUUCAACGCCGUGCUCACCGACGAGGGCAUCUGCUGCUCCUUCAACCGCGUGCGCCGCGACCUCAUCUUCCGCAACCCGCGAGAGCUGAGCGACCUCAACAUCACGUGGCCGUACCCGUCGGCCGACUGGACGCCGGAGACGGGCUACCCGGAGCAGGACAGGUCGGUGCUGGAGACGCCCUGGCGGCCGGUGGGCAUCGGCACGCACUUGGGGCUCACCAUCACGCUGGACAGCGAGCUGCACGACUACUACUGCUCCUCCACCUCCAGCGCGGGGUUCAAGAUGCUCCUGCACAACCCCGUGGAGACGCCCAAGAUCGCGGCGUUCGGCGCGCUGGUGGAGCCGGGCACCGAGAACCGCGUGGCCAUCACGCCCGUCAUCAGCCACACCGCCUCCUCGCUGCUGGCCGUCACGGUGGCCAAGCGCCAGUGCCUGUUCCAGCACGAGCGGCGCCUCUACUUCUACCGCACCUACACGCAGCGCAACUGCAUCCUGGAGUGCGAGGCCAACUUCACGCUCAGCCACUGCAAGUGCGUCGCGUACUACAUGCCCAAGGACAGGUUCACGCGGAUCUGCGGCAAGAGGGACGAGGCCUGCGCCAACAUCGCUCGAGAGGCGAUGGAACUGCGCAUGGCGAACCCGGCAGCCAACCUGACGCACCUCAACAUCACCGAGGUGCCAUCCUGCCAGUGCCUGCCCGGCUGCAGCGAGCUGUCCUACGUGUUCACGCACUCCAAGAGCGUCUUCGCGCCCAGCUACCGGCCAGACGCGGAAGUCCACUCGCACCACAAUAGGAAUUACCUACUGAAGAAUUCAGCAGUCAUACACUUUUACUUCACGGAAACAUUAUUUCCAAGUCGGUACAAAGGGGAACUCUUUGGGUUCACUGAGUUUCUAUCAAAUACAGGAGGAAUAUUGGGUCUCUUCCUUGGCUUCAGUUUCCUUAGUGUAGUAGAGAUGGCAUACUUUAUAUCACUGCGUGUUUACUGUUCUUGGACUCGAAAUCAGAAACAUUUGAAAACGAAAGACAAACUUCGAAGGAAGGUGAAACUUGAUGAUGAUGAAAAGCCUGUGGCUAUAAUUGAAACUAUCCCGUACCUUCAAUGAAGUAUGACAGAACGAGGUUAACACCAGACUGUACAUGGCAAUGUAUGUGAAAGUAAAGGUCUUGAAUAAGAGAAUGUAAAUCUUUAUGUCCUCACAAGGUAUCCUCUAAAGAAAAUACAAUCAACACUGGACUCACUGAUUCUAUAAAGGCACUGAAGUGGUAGGGAUUUUUAUAAGAAUUUGCUGAGUUUGCUACAUAGCAACAACAUCUGAAUAGUGAGACAAGGGCGCAGUGGAAGCCGAUACGACCACUGAACAUCUCAAACAUCAAUAAGGAGUCUGUAAGGAAGUUUGCAGACCUUCAAAUGUCAUGCAUGAAUGACUUUUCCGAAAAACACCGAUAAAAAUAAACAUAACCUGGAACUAACAAAUCGUUCGCA